CUGAUAGACUGAUAGUCUUGUUACGCAGAGUUAUCUGCAACCACCAAUGGCGGGAAUCUCUCUCCUUUACCCAACUCUCACGCGCACUUACAUCCCUUCCUAUAACCGUCAAAUCCAAUCACAUCAUUUCCCGCCAUUUUCUCUCUCCUCAUGUCACCUCCACCGCACCACCCGACUCCGAUUCUCAAUCCCGAGGCAGAAGUGGGCCUCACCAGCUUACGUACCCGGACCCGCUUCGGAUUACUCGGUUACCGACCCGGAUCCCAACGUCGAAAAUUUUAGGGCAGAGAAAGUUCAAUCAAAGGAUGCGAUUAAUUGGGGAAUUUUCUUGAGUUUAUUGAUGGAACAAAAAUGGCGUCUUGCUCUUUGCAUUUCUGCUCUUGUUGGUGGUACCACGUGUACUCUCUCUAUGCCUUUAUUUUCAGGGAGGUUUUUUGAGGUACUUUCAGGAACAGUACCCGAGCCUUUGUGGAAAAUAAUGAGCAGAAUUGCAGUUGUAUAUGCGCUGGAGCCCAUUUUCACCGUGAUAUUCGUCAUAAACAUGAACAAAAUUUGGGAGAAGGUUAUGUCUGUUUUAAGAGCUCAAAUUUUCAGGAGGAUGCUGAUUCAAAAGGUGGAGUUUUUCGACCGCUACAAGGUUGGUGAAUUGACUGGAUUGUUGACCUCUGAUCUGGGUUCUGUUAAAGACAUUGUCAGUGAAAAUGUUUCAAGGGACAGGGGAUUCAGAGCACUCUCUGAGAUUGUUGGAACUAUAUGCAUCCUGUUUACUCUUUCACCACAACUCGCACCAAUAUUGGGUUUGCUGAUGCUUGUUGUCUCCAUUUUAGUUGCUGUGUACAAGCGGUCAACUAUGCCUAUCUUUAAAGCUCAUGGGUUGGCACAGUCGUCAAUGUCUGAUUGUGUGUCAGAAACAAUAUCUGCUAUUCGCACGGUGAGGUCCUUUGGUGGGGAAAAGCGCCAAAUGUCAGCAUUCGGUAAUCAGAUUAUCGCAUAUAAGGCUAGCGGCAUUCAGCUGGGCACUUACAAAUCCAUUAAUGAAUCAGUGACCCGAGUUGCAGUCUAUGUAUCUCUAUUGGCCUUGUAUUGUCUUGGAGGGAACAAAGUUAAAGCGGGUGAACUCUCAGUUGGAACUGUGGUUUCUUUCAUUGGAUAUACCUUUACUCUUACAUUUGCUGUUCAAGGCCUGGUUUACUCAUUUGGAGAUCUCCGUGGGGCUUUUGCUGCUGUUGAGAGAAUUAAUUCAAUUCUCUCUGGGUCAGAGACCGAUGAGGCUCUUGCUUAUGGUUUAGAAAGACAGAUUCAACCAAAAGAUGUUCAAGAUGAAAAAUUACAAUUGUUCGUUGUCAAUGGAUCUGAUGAAAAGCAACGAUCUAAUCACGUGCGUUACAUGUCAGCCUUGGGCUCAUCAAAUGACGUGUUUAACGUAGCCUGGUCUGGUGACAUUAGUCUUGAAGAUGUCCACUUCUCUUAUCCAUUAAGGCCUGAUGUUGAGGUCCUAAAGGGUCUUAACCUUACAUUGAAGAGUGGAACAGUUACCGCUCUUGUGGGCUCAAGUGGUGCAGGAAAAAGUACUAUAGUACAAUUGCUGGCACGGUUUUAUGAGCCAACCAGUGGACGCAUAGCUGUUGGUGGAGAAGAUGUAAGGACAUUUGACAAAAGUGAAUGGGCUCGAGCUGUCUCAAUAGUGAAUCAAGAUCCAGUACUCUUCUCUGUGUCUGUUGCAGAGAACAUUGCAUAUGGACUACCUGAUGCUAAUGUAUCCAAGGACGAUAUAGUAAAAGCAGCAAAAGCUGCUAAUGCUCAUGAAUUUAUCAUAUCACUUCCACAGGGUUAUGACACACUAGUAGGGGAGCGUGGAGGUCUACUUAGUGGGGGACAAAGGCAGAGAGUUGCUAUUGCAAGGGCACUUCUGAAAAAUGCUCCAGUUUUGAUUCUUGAUGAGGCCACGAGUGCCUUGGAUACAGUUAGUGAACGUUUGGUCCAAGAUGCUUUGAAUCAUCUUAUGAAAGGGCGAACAACAUUGGUAAUAGCUCACCGGUUAAGCACAGUCCAGAAUGCCCAUCAAAUUGCCCUUUGUUCUGAUGGGAGAAUUGCGGAGCUCGGGACACACUAUGAAUUGUCGUCACAAAAUGGGCAAUAUGCUUCAUUAGUAGGAAGCCAGAGGCUUGCUUUUGAGUGAGUAUCAGCCAGUGGGUUCCAGGAUAUUGCCAUCUGUGCUGUAAAUGUCAUUAUAAAUCAUUACUACAGGUACGCUUCUGUUUCAAAGGAAUGCUGCUAUACAAUGAUGACAAGAUGAAGAAGAACUAAGAAAGCUCUUGUUGCUCUCUGCUGUGUAGAAGGACAAUAAUCAAUAGUUACAAUUGGCUGCUGUUUCAAUUGUUAUAAGACAGGGUAAGCAAUAGGCAAUACUGCCAUGUAUUGCAUCUAAACUUUCAUGGCUGACUUAUCCUAUAAUCAAUUGAUCAUUCCGUUCUCUUCCAGUUCUUGACCUGGAACAGUGAAAUUCCUUUUACAGUAGUAUUCUGGGUUUAUUAUGAGUCUAAACUAGUAAAAAGAUAUAAUAGCUUUGAAGCUGGCAUGGCAUUCUGAAGGCAGACCAAGAAGAAAAUUUAUGUAAUUGUCAUCAAUAGUAUCAACCUUAGCCACACCAACCAACUUGCAUUUCCCAUUUUUGCCCAGCCUCAUCCCUCGUGCGCUCUUCUUAGUUAGUGCUCCCUUCAGCUCUUCAGUUGUUAAUAUCAUAUUUAUGUGCAGAGGAGGGGCUUUAUAGCUGCUCCCCAUGGAAACCAAGAAUCUGGAUUUAAACUUUAGCUCGACCUGUAGAGGAAAACACCACCUCCUUAAGUACAAAGUAAUUAUAUCCUUUCAGACAAAUAGUUUCACUAACAUAGGGUGUGGUCUCUUCACUUUAUUUUUGCUGAACUCAUUAUAUUACUUAUUGGAACUGAUUUUUAUGGUGAAGAGAACGACACCCUCAACAAUUAAACUAGUACAUAGUGGCAGAUUUAGCUGUGGAGUCAGUAUAUGAUUUACCUUUCCAGAUUCCUCAUAUAUGUUCCCUUGGAUUAUGUCUGGGACAACAUCAACCUUCAGAAAAGGUGGGAAAGGGAUCCACCCGUCCGACUGUGCUGUCGUGCUUGUUAAUGGUGGAACGUGAAAUGUUUCUAGAUUGAAAUCAUAUCUGAGUGGAGCCUGGCCUGUGAAUUUAUCUUCUUUGGUGUUGAUAUGGCUGCCGGUCCCUCUCCCACCUUCUGCAUUGUACAGAAAGCUGUA